UUACGCCUGUGGAGAGCACCGAACCGUUCCCACCACUACUUACCGGCUACAUGUGGGAGAGGAAACCUGCUGAGUGAAACCCAGCAGAGCUCACAAACAAAACCAAGCAUUACUUUUUACUGCAUGGAAUAACUGCGCUCAUUUUCCCCGCCAAGGCGUUAGGUAGCUGUGUGAACUAGUGAAAGUUGGAUGCCCGGGAGGAAAUUUAGCAAGUCUGGACUGAACGACAGUGGAAUUUGUGAUCUCGUAACCUCGAGAAUUAACGUUAUCAGUCUCGGCUAAUGUGUCUGCGGUUGCCGACAAAUUGGAUACACUCAGUGAAAGCGGUGAAAAGUUCGCAGUAACGAGGAGAAGACCAGCGUUUGGAGCCAGUGACUGAGGAGUUGUACACUGGGGCCAGGUUUUGACGAAUCCACAUGGGAUCCAUGGAAGGAUUGGAAAUGGCAGGAAAAGCUUGCUGAACCUCCACAGGUUACCUCUCACCAUUGAGUGCCACCCUCUCCUGUCAUCUUUGCUCAAACCUGGCAACCCCCCUUCCUGUGAGUAGUUGUGGCCAAGGACUCUCCUCCCUCCUAUCGUCGGUGGACCACAGUGGAAAAGGUUGUGUCCAGGAGGAUGUGCUUUUAAACCCGAGCUGCUGGGAGGUCAAGAGGUGACAUGCCUCUGUGAAACACCACUGGAAACAAAUGCUCUGCUGCCAUGCCUCCGGGGAUGGUGCGUCGUCUUUCAGUGUUAGCAGUCCAAACACUGCUGUCUGUCCUGCUGCUAGCCAUUGGCUGGCCCUUCCCCUCAUUACUUAGGGGUGUUGUCCAAGCAUCACACUCCUUCCCCCUGAGGCUUUAUCCCACCUUUGUCCGGAAUGACACUCUGUUCGAGCACUUGGCCCUGCAUCCUGACCCCAGUGUGAGUCGGGUCUAUGUCGGGGCCCGGGAUCACCUGUUCCAGCUGGAUCGAUUCCUCCAACCUGAACUCCAGGAUGACACUGGACCUGUCACAGACAGCCGGGAGUGCUUACCUCCUGUAACUGAGAGCAACUGCCCUCAGGCUAAGGCCACCAGCAACCACAACAAGCUCCUGCUGGUCGACCCUUAUUCAAUGGAGCUUAUUACCUGCGGGAGCGUCAACCAAGGAAUUUGCCAGAAACGUAGUCUGGAUUCUGUGAAUGUGGUACUCUUCUCCACAGAGAGGCCAGUGGAUACUCAAUAUGUCGCAGCUAACCACCCCAAUGUUAGCACGGUGGGACUUGUGGUUCGCUCUCAUCCUGACAGGCAGCCAGUAUUGUUUGUGGGGCGGGGUUACACCAGCAGCCACCCACCUAUUUCCACACGAAACCUUGCACAGGACCCUGUCUUUUCUUAUGAGGAGACUGCCAAGUUGGCUGUGGCUGGCCGUCUCUCAGAAUACGACCAUCAUUUUGUUGCAUCUUUCGCCCACCGUCAGCAUGUAUACUUCCUCUUCUACCGGCGGGAUCUAAAGUCACAGUCACGAGAGUAUCGCACCUACAUCUCUCGUGUUUGUUUGGAUGACCAGGCCUAUUACUCCUACGUGGAAGUACCCUUGACAUGCCGUUCCAGGGCAGGGAAAAUCUACAACCUCUUGCAAGCUGUCCAGCUUGGGCUCACCAAGGACGGUGUGGUGACCCAAGGCUCAGAAACUCUUCUUGGUGUCUUCUCCACUCGUUUGGCUUCAUCGACUCGGCCCAGCGAGGACUCGGCCCUCUGCAUGUUUAACCUCGAAGAUGUGGACCGCAGGAUUAACUCCACCAGAGACCUGUGCUACACUCAGAUGGGUAAAGAGGCAGGAGUGGAGGCAGCGUACAUAGAGUACGAAGUCAAAUCCAACUGUGCCAACCUGCCAGAGAACACUCUGGAAGCCUACCCCUGCGGCUCUGAUCACACCCCCAGCCCAAUGGCCAGCAGGAUGGCGGUAGAGGCAGAGACCAUACUAGACAGCCCGUCAGCCCGUCUCACUGCCGUGGCCGUCAGCGUGAGGGUGGGACAUACAAUCGCCUUCCUGGGAGACUCCAAGGGGAAUCUGCACAAGGUGUUCCUUGGACCAAACGGCGAGGUGGAGGAGUACGCCAUCACCUCCAUUCAGCAGAACGCAGCUAUCAGUUCAGACCUGAUACUGGACCAGAAAGAAGAACAUCUCUUCAUCAUGACUUAUAACAUGCUGCAGAAAAGGCCGGUGGCUGAAUGCCAGCAGCACACAGACUGCCUCUCCUGUGUGCUGGCCCACGACCCCUACUGUGGCUGGUGUGUCCUGGAGGGAAGAUGUGUGUUGCAGUCCGCGUGUGCUCGUGGAAAGCAGCCGGGUCAGUGGCUCUGGAGCUUUGACAUGGAGCAGCAGUGUCUGGCCAUCCAGGACCUCAACCCUUCCAACGUCAGCAGGGAGGAGAGCAGGACGGUGUCUCUGUCGGUCCCAGGACUUCCAGUGUUAGAGAAAGACGAGUCCUACUCCUGCUUCUUCCAGGACAGCCGCAGUCCCGCCGUUGUCACUGAGAGCGGCGUCACCUGCCAUUCUCCUGACCCCAGCCGAGUACCCAUGGUUCCCCCAGGACAGGACUUUGUCACAGUCACCCUGUCUCUCCGUUUUGGCGAUGUCACCGUCACAGCAAGGGAUUUCACCUUCUACGACUGCACGGCUGUUAAGCAGCUGUCUGGCAGCAUGCCUUGCCGAGGUUGUGUUCUGAGCCGAUGGGGUUGUAACUGGUGUGUUCACCAGCACUUGUGCACCCACAAGCCCACCUGUGAGGAGGGGGUGAUCAUCUACAACCAGCAUUUUAAACUCCCCACCUCAGCUCCUCCCACAACCAAACCUAUUAAAGUCAUCACAACACCCACCACCACAACGGCUGCCCUGACAACAACCACCAUGACAACCACCACCACAACUCCCACAACAACAGCAACAAAAACAACAACAACCAUGGCUACAACAACCGCAGUCCCGGUCACUGUAGCAACCACUCAGGAGCCAACCACUCCUCCUGCAGCCACUACUCCACCCACCACCACCACCACCAGCCCUGAGCCAACCACCCCGCCCACCACCCUGCCCCCUCAGCCUGCCAGCACCUUGCCAUCCACCUUGCCAGCACCCACUACACCUCCACUCCCUGAGGUCACCACCAGGGAGGAGGUAGAGACUGAAGCAGGAGAGCUUGUUGUUGUCACCCAAAGUGACACCAAGGGCGUCGCCACUACACCUAGUAUCAGCAUGGAAGCCAUUGAUUUGGUGCCUGUCACCAUGGCUGAUGGUCUAAGUGGAGAUCUGGACCCUGUGAUGCCUUUGAGCAUCCCGCCCCAUGACCCAGACAUCUCCCCCUUAGAGGUGGUGACAGAGUCGCCCCCCAGCGAUGCUCAGGAAGUUGAGGGAGCCUUAAGCGUGGCAGAGCCUCCCACCCCGGCCUCGUCUGGCUUCCCCCUGCCUACGCCCUUCCCUGUGGGCGAACCAGGAGACUCUGAGCCCUCCCUCUACCUGGACCUUACCCAGGCUCCUACUCCAGUGCCCACACAAGACUCCCAGACUGAGGCAGUGAGCCCAGGGACUGACCCUGAGGUGCCCCUCUGGCCAAAAGAAGAACUAGAUGUCCCAGCUGAGAGUGCUGUCCAGCCAGAAAAUGACACAGCCACAUUUUCAGCUGCCACUGUGUUGUCAGGUGACGGUGAGGUUGACCACGCCCCCCCAUCCUACCCCCACCUGCUGGAUACUGACUCAGAGCUGGACUACCAGUAUGAUCCAGCCGACGCCUUCCUGCCGGGGGACGAGGGCUCCUACGUCAGCUGGGGUUCUUCAGCUUGUCCCUGUGUGGAGAAGGUGCAGGGUUCAUCACUGCUCCCUGUCAGAGUGGAGAGGAAGAUCACCCUACUGGCCCACAACCUGCACCUCUAUCAGGACACAGAGCUGGACUAUGAAUGUGUGCUGGUCAUCGAAGGGCAGACGGUGGUGGUGGACGCCUACGUGGAGACUGAUGACACCAAUCCAUCCAACUUUGACAUCACCUGUCAACUACACCAGUACACAUAUUCUGCUCCAGUGGAGGAAUACAAUGCCAUGGUGUAUGUGAAGAGGAGGGACACCUUCCAUGUGGACAGCUCUACUGAUCUAUAUGUCACUCUGUACAACUGCUCUGUGGGCCGCUCUGACUGCAGCCGCUGCCAUACAGCUGACCAAAAGUAUGGGUGUGUGUGGUGUGGUGGCACUCACGCUAGCUGCUUGUAUUCAGACUCCUGCAGUGAGCCCGUUCAGCAGACAUGCCCCGCCCCCGUCAUCCUCUCUAUUGAGCCACUCUCCGGUCUGUUGGAGGGCAGCACCACGGUGACCAUCUCAGGCUCCAACCUGGGCCAGAAGGCUGAAGAUAUCCUGCACUCUGUGUCAGUAGCAGGGGUUCCCUGCACAGUCAUCCCCAACCUCUACGAGGUCUCCUCCAGGAUUGUGUGCAGGACAAAAGCCAGUGGAGGAGAGAAGGUGGGCCAUGUGUCUGUUGAAGUGAGCGGAGGAGAGUUUGGCCGGUCUAGCCAGACAUUCAGCUACCAGGACCCAUUCGUGAUGGGGGUGUCUCCUGAAAGGGGUCCCAAAGCCGGAGGAACCUCCCUGACAAUCACUGGCCGAAACCUGCUGACUGGACGUCCCUCUGACCUUACCAUCACUGUGGGAGGGGUCCCCUGUAGCAUUGUGUCGGAGGUGCAGAGUUCCAGUGUUCAGUGUGUGACGGGCAGCAGUAAUAAGACAGGAGAUCACCGGGUCACCCUGCAUUACGGCAGCAGCCAGCGCCACCUCAAUUCUGCAGCCUACCGCUACACCCACAACCCCAACAUCACCCACGCCACGCCAGCAAAGAGCUUCCUGGAUGGUGGUCGGCUGAUCUUUGUGUCAGGACACAACCUGGACGUGGUUCAGGAGCCCCGGAUGGUGGUGACCGUCUCUCCCUUUGAGGCAAACGGCCAGAUUAAAAGGAGGAAGCGAAGGAGGAGAAGGAUGAGUGGAGAGCAGGGGGACGACAGGGAGAAGACUUUGGGAAGGCCAGCAAGGAUCGUUCCUGACCCUGUCUGCCCUGGAGACCCACUCUGCUCUGUCAAACAGUUCAUGGAGCGCUGUGAGAUGAACUCCUCUUCCCUGAUCCUGUGUCGCUCUCCCAUGGUGGACUCCUCCAUCUGGGGGUCAAAGGUCACCGUGGAGUUUUUGCUGGACAACCUGCGCUUUGACUUCAGCAGUCUGAACCCCCAGGCCUUCAGCUACGAACCCAACCCUCUCCUGCGGCCCUUAAACCAACAGGACCCUCUGAAGGCCUACCGCUACAACCCGGGCAGCUUCAUCCAGCUGGAGGGGGAAAACCUGGACCUGGCCAUCACUAAGGACGAGGUGGUCGUGUUGGUCGGGGAGGGUGUGUGUGCUGUUAAGACCCUGACCAGAAACCAUCUGUACUGCGAGCCGCCACCUCAGCAGCCCCCACCGGUACCCAACGGCAAGAAACGUGAGGGCUCCGACAAUCUGCCUGAAUUCACUGUCCAAAUGGGCAACCUGAACUUCUCCCUGGGUAAGGUUCAGUAUGACAACCUCAGCCUGUCCACCUUCCCCCUGGAGGCUCAGAUUGGAGUUGGGGUCGGGGCGUCCAUAGUAGCACUCAUCGUCCUCAUCAUCGUGCUCAUUUACAGGAGAAAGAGUAAGCAAGCUCUGAGAGACUACAAGAAGGUCCAGAUCCAACUGGAGAACCUGGAAACCAGCGUGAGAGACCGCUGCAAGAAAGAGUUCACAGACCUGAUGACAGAGAUGAUGGACAUGUCCAGCGACCUGGUGGGCUCCGGCAUUCCUUUCCUGGACUAUCGGAUGUACGCCGAGCGCAUCUUCUUCCCCGGCCACCGGGAGUCUCCGCUAAGGCGAGACCUGGACGUUCAGGAGUGUCGGCGGCAGACGGUAGAGCAGGGCCUGGUACAGCUGUCCAACUUGCUCAACAGCAAACUCUUCCUCACCAAGUUCAUCCACACUCUGGAGAGCCAGCGGACCUUCUCCCCCAGAGACAGGGCCUAUGUGGCCUCCCUGCUGACGGUGGCACUACACGGCAAACUGGAGUAUUUUACGGACAUCCUCAAAACGCUGCUCAACGACCUGGUGGAGCAGUAUGUGGCCAAGAACCCCAAACUGAUGCUGCGACGAACAGAGACGGUGGUGGAGAAGCUGCUGACCAACUGGAUGUCCAUCUGCCUCUAUGCUUUCCUCAGGGACUCAGCAGGGGAGUCUCUCUACAUGCUGUUCAGGGCCAUAAAGCACCAGGUAGAUAAAGGACCGGUGGACGCUGUGACCGGCAAGGCCAAGUACACCCUCAAUGACAACCGCCUCUUGCGAGAGGACGUGGAGUACAAGACCCUGACUCUGAAUGUUUUGGUGCAGGGUGGAGGGGUGAACGAGACCCAGCCACUGCCUUCUAAAGUACUGGACUGUGACACCAUCACACAGGUAAAAGAGAAGCUGCUGGAUCAGGUGUACAAGGGCACCUCCUUCUCCCACCGCCCCCAUGCCGACUCACUAGACCUGGAGUGGCGGUCUGGUGUCGCGGGUCAUCUCAUCCUGUCAGAUGAGGACUUGACGUCUGUGGUUCAGGGCAACUGGAAACGUCUCAACACACUGCAGCACUACAAGGUCCCAGACGGUGCAACAGUAGCGCUGGUCCCUCGUCACACCAAACACAUUCACCAUGACAACCACGACUAUGUGGCAGGAGAGAAGACGCCGAUGCUGGAGGACGCAGACGAAGGCGGAGUGAGGCUGUGGCAUCUGGUGAAAGCCAGCGAGGAGCCUGAGCUGCCCAAACACCGCAGAGGCAGUCUGAGGGAGAGAGAGAGGGCCAAGGCCAUCCCUGAGAUUUACCUGACCCGCCUGCUGUCCAUGAAGGGGACGCUGCAGAAGUUUGUGGACGAUCUGUUCACAGUGAUCCUCAGCACCAGUCGUCCCGUCCCACUGGCUGUCAAAUACUUCUUUGACCUGCUGGACGAUCAGGCAGGACAACAUGGCAUCGCCGACCCAGAGACCAUACACAUUUGGAAGACCAACAGUCUGCCUCUGCGUUUCUGGAUCAACAUUGUGAAGAACCCUCAGUUCAUCUUCGACGUCCAGGCGUCGGACCACGUGGACGCAGUACUCUCUGUCAUCGCCCAGACCUUCAUGGAUUCCUGCACCAUCGCUGAGCACAAGCUGGGACGGGACUCUCCCAUCAACAAGCUGCUGUAUGCCAGAGACAUCCCUCGCUACAAACAGAUGGUAGAAAGGUACUACGCUGACAUCAGGCAGACGAUCUCAGCCAGUGACCAGGAGAUGAACUCUGCUCUGGCUGAGCUGUCCAGGAACUACUCUGGAGAGCUGAACUACCUGGUCGCACUGCACGAGCUGUACAAGUACAUCAACAAAUACUACGACCAGAUCAUCACGGCACUGGAGGAGGACCCCACGGCCCAGAAAAUGCAGCUCGGCUACAGACUGCAGCAGAUCGCAGCCGCCGUGGAGAACAAAGUCACCGACUUGUGACAGAGGAAACGCCCACCAGAGCCGUGGCGAGCGGAGAGUGUUGAGGAGCGGGAGCACACUUUGCACCCUGCAGGUUAAACUAGGAAGCAGGAGAGCAACAGACUAUUCAGGAUUCAGGUUGGCGCUGAAGUUUGGCGGAUAAGGAUGCGUCGGUGACUCUGAGGCCCUGAGCUCUCUGUAGGACAGCACGUGGACACCAGACAAACCUGGACAAAGAAAGAGUCAGGCCUGCUGUCCCUCUUUAUGAAGAGACAUUUGGAGGAAUGUUUUAUCUCCAGGACUUCAAACUUUUGCGGUCCUACAAAGCAGCUGAUCUGAAGACUGAUAAAAGGGGGAUUUUAUAUCAGUGUUUUCCCUCUGGUGUGAAUUUUAUGAAGCGGUACCUCUUAUGCCUUGUGUGCUUGUCACUGCUGUAUGGCCAGAUGUUAUUUCUUUGUGUGUGUGUGUGUGUGCGUGUGCGUGUGCGUGUGUACGCACAGUUCUCCAUACUGCCCUGGUUGUCAGUCUACAUCUUGUAUUUUUACAUUUCUGGUUUUUAGUAUAGAAGUAGCUUGUUAUUAUAUUUUAGAUGUUACAGUCAGCAGUAUUCAGAAAACAGAGAGCUCAGCUUCAGGAUUUUUUUAUCUGAAAUGUUUAAUAAUGACAGUCAACAUUGUUUGGAACAGUCUCUGCUGCUCUCUACCUCAGCCUGCUGCGCUGCAUCAGAUACUCCUUUCUGUGAUGUAGUUGACCCAACACUGCUGUGCAUGUUUCAACCAGCUUCAACCACCAGUACAGCAGCACAGGUCGGCCCUCAUGCACAUACACCUGCUGGACAUGUGCAGCAGUACACACACACACAUUUCAGACUUUUCUACUUCAAUAUUAUCUUUCUUUGUGUGAAAUGAGCAGCUGCUCGUUGGAGCAUUUUAAGGUACUUAAACCCGAACUGAGUGACUCUGUUUUUGUUUCUUGCUUUUCUACUUGUCCGUGUGGAUGUGUCUGUAGUGUACAAGUCACUGGAAAGAUGUUAGAGGAAAAACAAAACUCCUUCCCUAAAGAAACUCAUAUUAAUGAAGAUAGUGCGCACCACAAUGUUUUAUGUCAUAUUUCUGUUUUCUACAUUUUUAACAUUCCUUUUAGGUUUUGAACGAUGUAUUAAAUCAUGGUUCACCUUGUUCCACUCCAAGCCGAGCUGAGGGUACGUGCUGUAAUGUGUAAUCGGCCUCGUGGUUAGUGUACAGUUCUUGUAUUGAACACAAGGUGUCACUGCUUCAUGAGCUGAAAGUCUGUAUGGCAUUUUGUCUUGUCAAUUUGAUACAGGUUAUGUAUUGAUUAUACUGCUACUGGUUCAGUAGUUGAUCUCGUCACACUGAGACCUUGUAUACGUGAGCUGAUAUUUGCUGGUGUUUUCUCUUAUUUAAGUGACAGAGAUGGCUUCCGAGGGGUUACUAGGGCUGGCUACGGUUGGACAUGUGCUGAUGUAGGUCUUCUUCCAGAAUCUCUGAAUAUGCAAAUGUUGUUAAUUUCUAAAGUUUCCCUGCUGGACACAAGAUGUCUCCUACUUCACUGUAAAGUUCAUUCUCAGUGGAUGUGCACUGGUGGCUUCAAGUUUCUACAUCACACUGUACAAGUUGAUACUGGACCAGGACUGACUUCCUAACUAUUUGUGAUGUCACAAAUCCUGUUGGUAGGCCACGCCCCUUAAAAUCAGAUUUUCAAUGAGCACAGAGAAAGUUUCCACUUUCAGUAGAUGAAUGUGAAAAUAUCCUUCUAGAGUAAAACUCUGCACAGACAGCAUUCAAACAGCACACUGUAGGAACAAGGAGAACAUUUUCAACUGGAGGGGAGCUUUUACAUUUAGGAUAUGUUUAGGCACUGCAGAGAUAACAGAGAUGCCCUGGACAGGGAAACAGACACAAUGUCGCUACCGGUAGUUUCAGUACCAGAAUAAGGAGGUUGUUCAGUACCUUACUUUACAGAAUAUAUACAAGUUUUUCCAAAAGAAAUCCCUAGCACAUUAUAUCUAUACAGACACUUGUGCUACAGACACUUAAAAAGUAAUGAUGUUCAGCUCUAGCCCAGUGACCUUUUCAAAACAGUCUCAUGCCCUUGAGGAGUGUUGAUGUGUGUCAGUUGAGCCUAAAGUGUGCCAUUCCCAGGUCCACGCUCGGCAGUGUCAGAAUGUAGCCCAUAGGAUUAUCACUACAUUACCUAAUACACACAAGCAACUAAUGACUCCUAAGAACAGAUGGUUUGUUCUGUUGUACACUGUCAGUUCAGAGGAGAUGAUGGCGAAGGCGAAAGGUGGCUGAUGAAGACGAGCCAUCUGAGGGAAAACUGUAACUGUUAUUAAGCUGUAUAAAUUUGGCAAUGUAGAGCAGGCUCUGCAAGGAGCAGUUUUUUCUUAUUGUGUGUGUUAAUAUCAUUGUACAUACUGAUUUCAAAUGUAACUGUAGUGAUUUAACCUGUUUAAUAAGAGAAGGAGGUGUAACUUCUCACAGACGCUGAUGUAAUAAAGUAUUCUUAAAAUGA